ACUCGUGAAUGCCAAAUCGGCACUUCUCGAAUCAGUAAGAAAAAGUUUCCAAAAAAUUCGGAAAUGAGUCUCGAUUGGAAAUACAUCCUGUCUGUAAGUCCUGAAGAUUUGAGUGAUGAGGAGAAGGACGAUCUGUACAAUACCAUCACGUGGUUUGAUUGCGACAAAGAGGAACCUAAUUUGGAACAGAGCAAGGUGCUGUUAAAAAUAAGCCAGGAAAUCCUAAAGUACAAAGGGGAACAGGUAGAAACUCUGCUGCACGAGCUCGAUGAAGUUGCUAUUAAACAAGGCGAAGAGGAGGCUAGGAAAAUCGAGUCUGAUGCUGAAUUGCGAAGCGCUAGAUCUAGAAAAUCUAGCACUAUAGAGAUAGAAAAUCUAGAACAGAAGUACAACGAAAUGAAAUCAAAAUAUAAAAAGCAGCAGAGGUUGAAUCAGAAAAGCCUUCAAGAGAUAGAGGCGCUCACUAAGACAGUGAAAUCACUGGAAAUAGAAAAGCGUCAGUUGGAACACGAGCUGGCAGCUAAAAUGGAUGGAAGUGAAUCAUCCGAGUUAUCAGAAACUGUCAAGGAUCAGCACAGAGAGCUGGUAGAAACAGUGCAUAACAAGAACAAGCAGUUGUCCGACCUUUUGCACGAUAUCGAGGAAGUGGAAAAAGAAAAUAUAGUACUGAGAGAAAAGUUGGCUGUUGUCCGAGAUGAACUUGCCUCUGCUACUUUGGAGAUCCAAGGGCAAACAGAAAGGCUGUCCGCUUUGGAUAUUCAAGUGAAAGAUGCGAGAGAUACGAUCAAGAAAGUGAACAUCGACAACGAACUGCUUCAGGAAGAGAUACAGGAAUUGAAUGACCAAAAGGCUAAAAUGGAAGAACAUCUUAUGGAGUUUACAGAGGAAAUAAACAAACGUAUAGAAGAAUGGCAGAAAGUGCUGUUGGAAAAGGAUAACGAGAUAAGGGACUUGAGAUCCAGGACCUCUCAAGUCAGCAGGCCCUCAUCUUCCACAUCGUCACCGAAACACGACCAACCUCAUCUAGCGGCUCUGCAAAAGCUUCUAACAGAAAGAGAUUCCCAACUCAUGGAACUCCAGAGCAAGCUGGAGGAUGCAGUGAAGGAGAUGGAGGUGAGCACUCGCCUCAUCGAAGACCUGAAGGGGGAGAAAGAAGAGAAGAACAAGAUUAUUUCAGAAUUGAACGCCGUAAGGAGAGAACUGAAGAAGCAGUUGAAAGCUACGCACGAAAGAGGGCAGAAAUUGCAGGAGGAAGUGGAGUAUGCCGAGAAGAUCGCGGAGGAAAAGGACUUGGAGCUCCAGAACAUAAUCGCCAACUUGGCAGGGUCGGAUCGCCUAGACGAAGCGCAAUUAUUGAGACAGCUCCAGGAUAUGAGAGCUUUGAACAGAAUGAACGAAAAACAAAUAACGAGUUUGGUCAAAAAUGCGAACAAACUACAGGACGCCUGCGAUCAGAUGGCGAAGGAAAAUGCGUUCUUGAGGGAAAAGCUGGGACUAUCAGAGGAAGAAACCCUGAACGUGCCCAACUAUCAGAGUAAACACAAACAGUACAAGAAGGAGCUGCUGAGGCUGAAGAAGAAAGUUUUACAGUUCGAAGAGGAGAACAUAAACCUUCGUACGGAGGUGAAGAAUUUGAGUCGCAUCAAUGGUAUGCUCCGGGAAGAAAUAUCUGAAGAUGGUACAGGAAGGGCUGUGAAAAUUAAACAGGACGAAUCUAUUAUGAAAGACUCUGGCGCUACUCAUUCUCUGGAUGAACAGGAUAAAACAAUGGAUAUCGAUCUUUCCCUGAGUUUAGGAGAAAUAAAAAACGAUAACGAAAAAAGAACGAGAGAAGAAAAAAUGAUAGAUGAACAAAUAAAAGCCUUAUGCGAGGAGAAUGAGGCGCUUCGAAAAGGCAUGCACGAGAUUUUAAACACUCUCAACGCCAAGAAAGAAAAUUCCCUGAAGGAGAUAAAAUCGGAGACCUUCGAGAAACUUUUAAGGGCUCUGGACGUCAAACAUAUAUCCGGUUGGUACCACCCUGCCAUGAGGCUCCAGGCUGAGGUCCAUAAUGUGGAAGGGAUCAACAAAGAACUCAGAGAACAACUUCGUAUAUGCAGGAAUGAACUGGAAGAAUUGAGGAACGAGAGACAGGAGAAUCUCAUCCUUCUAAGCAAGAGAUCUUCUGUGUCAAGCCCACGACAUCUGGCUCAAUCUACCGCACUCAGAGAUAUGAGGACUCUGGAAAGUUUGAACGAGAACGUUGACCAACUUCUUGAGCAAUCCUCAACAGACGCCAAAGUUUGCGAGGAAAUCGCCAAUAAGAUGAGCGACUUCAACAAGGACUUCGCUGCUCUGGAGAAACAGCUAGAAGACCUCUACCAGCAGUCUCUCGAAGAGAAGAAAACGUCGGAGCAGAGCAUAUCCCGGCUGGAAACCAAGAACUCGGAGCUGGAGCGUCAGGUUAAAACGCUGGAAGAACAGCUGAAGGUCUUCAUGGAGGACGCCGAGGUCGAAGAAACGGUCAAGAAACUGGCGGAGUUGACCGGGCAGAACGUCCAGGCUAACCUCAAGAGAGACUUCUUGGAGACAGAGUGCGCGAAGUUGGAGGACAAGGUCGACGGUUUGCGGAGGAAUCUUUUGGCGGCCGAAACUGAGUUCUCGAAGAGGCUGUCCGAGUUCAGCAGAAACGAAAAGACCCUAAGGAACCGCGUCAGGUCGAUGGAGAGCAGGCUGGAGAGCACGGUGAGCCUGGAGGACCAUCAGAAGAUCAGGAAGGAACUGGAGAAUUUGACGGUGAAGUAUAGGGAAUUGACGGGAGAUUACAAGAGGCUGACCGAGAAUCAUCAGGCGGAGAUGGAGAUGAUUCAGAAUUUCUCCAGUGUGGGGAACCGCUCGGAAACUCUCUGCAGAUCCAAACAAAUGACCGAAGAAGAAAAACGGGAAUACAAGAACAAACUGAACGAGUGCCUCAGCAAACUGAAGGAGGCCGACUCUUCAUCGUCCGUCGACGAGAACAUUCAGAGCCUGUCCAAAAAACUGUCCGAGUGCGAGGUGAACGUGAUCGGGGAGAGGCAAAGGGCCAACCACAUCAACAACCUGUACGAGCUGGUUAAGGAACAGCUGAACAAGUCGGAGGAGCGUUUUAGGGAGUACGAGACCCACACCAAGGACAUCAUGCACAAGAAUCUCGAGCUGCAGGGUCAGCUGAAGGAGGCGGAAGACAAGCUGUGCUGUUACGUGGACGCGGAGCUCUACAGAGGCUCGCAGGAGGAGUACCAGAAAGCGUUGGAAAGGGUGAACGAAUUGGUGGAGAUGGUUGGAAAGUUGCAGGAAGAGAAAAACGUUUCAGAAGCAAACAGACAGACGACAAAGCUUUGGACUUCGUCCAAAGAAGAAGAACUCCUCGCUCUCAAGCACCAGAUGGUAGAUCUUUCGGCAACAUCGGACGAGAAGGCUGUUAUAGCCAGGAUAAGCUCCGACUUAACGCAAACGAGGAUCAGGGAGAACGAAUUGAGGAACAAAUGCGACAUCCUGUCCGUACAACUGGAGCAGUGUCACGAGGAGUGGCUGGAUUCGUUGAGGACGCUAGACGAGGAGAAAGAGAAGUUCGAGUUGAAGGAGAAGUAUCUUCAAAAGAAGAACAGGAUCAUCCAGGAUCUUCUCGAAAAUCAGAAACUCCAAUAUUACGGAUGUAUUCCCCUUACGUCCGAACAGAGAUUUAUCGAGAACAUAAGACUGACCCUGGAGAAUAACCAUGCAUCUUUCCUGAGCUUAUACAAGGCACAAAACGUCGAAAACGAAAGUUUAACAUUGAAGGAACAGACAGAGGUCGAGCUCAGACACUACAUGGACGCCAGAGCUGUCUUAGGGGAGGACGAGGAGGAGGUGCAGAAGCUGCUCAAUUGGUUACAGGAGAAGAAGCACAUUGAACUCGAAUUGAUCCGCUAUAGACGUCAAGCCGAAUUCAAAGACCUCCAACUGCAACAGUGCAACGAAAGGAUCGAGAUCCAAAACUCCCAGAUCGCCAAACUGGAGGAAGAUCUCUUCUUGUCCCUCAAAGGAACGGAACCCGCGAAGGUUAUACCGGCGUUUAUACAGCCCAAACCAGAACCGGAAACUGCCGACAAACUGGUGAAGCUCACCAAGAGCCAGGACGUCCAGACCGAACACACGGUAACUGACGAAGACGACGACGACAUGAAACGCUUGGAAAACCUGAAGAUGGAACUGCUCAACACCAAGAACGAGCUGACCGCCAAAGAGGACGUUAUGCAGCAGCUGAAGAUGAAACUGAACGAGUGCGAGAUGACCGUUAGUUUGUUCAGGACCCAGAUAGGCGACAAGCAGGCGCAGAUAAGUUUUUACGAGAAGCACAUCCUCGAUCUUCAACAUUCCAAGAAGGAAGACGUGAUGCAGAGGCCACCGGUUGGUCCUGGUGGUGACGGUUCCUCUGGUGCGGAAGUGACGAACGAAGAUGUUAUGUCUCUCAAGGCAUCUAUUAAGGCUUUGCAAGAAGCGAUAGUGCUUAAAGACGAGUCUAUACUCCAUUACCAGUCGUUAUUGAAGGAAGACAGGGACAACCACAGCUUAGCAGCUGCGAGGAUGCAGGAGGAGCUCAGGACGUUAAAGAAUUCUCUUGCCGAAGAGAAACAGAAGCGUUCAGAGUUCGAGGAGAAGAACGAAGAAUUGGCGCGCAGCAAGAUUGCAGUGGAGCAGUACAUCAAACAGGUACACGCCUUGGAAAAACACGCGGAGGAGUUGCACACGCAAGUGACGACGUUGGAGUCCCAGUUGGUAACGAGCAGACAGGAGGCGGUGAGGUGGCGGUCCUUGGCCAACGACAGGCUGAAGGGGAUCGAAGAGCUGAGGGAGAGUUUGGAAGAGCAGCAUCGUGAAGAACUCGACAUAUACAAGAACGACUCCGAAAAAUGGCGCGAAGAAGUGCUCAGCCUCAAAGAGCUGAUCAACAAGCACAAGAACGAGAUACUCCAAGUGCAACCCGAUCUCCAGAACGUGCUGAAAUCAAAAGACGAGAAGAUAAACGAACUGACGGUAUUGGUACGGCAGCUGAGGGAAGAACUUCAGCUGGAAUCGGAGAACGACGCCUACAACAAACUGUGGGAAUUCGAAAAGUUGCACGGGCAGUUGUCUAAGGAAAACGAGAUCCUCAAGAGGAAGUUCGAUACGCUGCUGCAGAAGGAGAGGAACGCCAGAGAGGAAGUCAGGGAUCUGCGGGGGCAACUGCUCAAAACGAAAAGGACCCCUUCUUCCGCCAGAAGCGAGAAGAGCGACAAGAACAUCAAGGAGCAGCUUCAGAAGAAGGUCGCCACUCUGGAGGAAGAAGUGGCGAGGCUGAAGGAGGAGCUGGCCUCCCAGGUCGCCAUCAACGAAACCCACAGGGUGAAGGCGGCCGAGGAUUUCGACCGUUGGAAGAGGCAGAAGCAGAGCCAGCAGACGAUCGACAAGCUGAAAUCGAAAUUGAAAGAGAGAGAUGGGGAAUACGAGAAAAUGCAGCAGACGUGCAAUAGUUACAGAUCCUUGAUCGAGAGACUAGAAAGGGAGAAGCACAGUUUGGAGAACAGAGUGAAAGCCUUGAAGGCUAACGUGAACAUUUAUGGAUUCGAGAACUCUCAGCAGAACGAGACCUUGGCAUUGGAGAACGCCAAGCUGUUGGCGGAAAUCGAAGAGUUGAAGGCCAAGCUAGAGAUGCAACAGAGGCACGCUGGCGGUUUGGGGGCCGCUAUGAUGCAAGAGAAGCUCGAAGCUCAAGAGAGAAGGCUGGCAAUCAUGGAAUUAUCCGGGAAGGGAACACCAGAAAUUCGAGCAGAGUUCGAAAGGAUGCAAAGUACGAUUUCGAAUCUCCAAAAGUCGAAUCUCUUCUUUGAGGCGCAAAAUAUCGAACUGAAGAUGGAUUUGGAAAAGUCUCAGAAAGAUUUUUCCAGGUUCAAGGAGCAAAUCCAGCACCUAGAAAAUUACAUUGAGGUUCUGAAGAAAGAGAGGAUCAAUCAGGCCACUUGUAACACUCCAGGAAGCUCCCAACCAGCCCAACCCACUCAAGAAUCUCGUAGAGUAAGUGAACUUGAACGAACAGUGCUAGUUCUCAAGAGGGUGGUGGAAAAAUUACAAACAGAAAAUAAACGACUCUCGGCCGGUAAACGACCCUUACUAGAUAGAAAUGCGUCUGGUGAAAAACUACGUAAGGAUUACAACUGUUUGAAGGAACAGUAUAACGAAUGUGUUCGAAAGAUAUCGGAUCUGCAAUCUGAACUGAACGCAGUGAAUACCAAAUUGAGAACCUAUGAAGAUCGUAAGGACAAUACGGAAGACUUCUUGGCUCUGUCGUCUGAAUUGAAUAGGGUGAGAGGUCAGCUCGAUCAGAAAUCUCAGCUGUUGGAUAAAGUGAAGACCUUGCUGCAUACCGCUGCUGCCAAAGAGAAGAAUCUCUUGAAAGAGAUCUCAGAUUUGAAAAUGCAGUUACAUCCAAGAAGUCACAGCCUUCUAUCCAAACCUUCCACUAGCCAUGGUUGAAUUCGUCGCCUAAUUGUCGUGAUUUUUAUUUUUGUAAGCUGUUUUAAUAUUUUAGGAAUUAAAGUGGAAAAAGUAA